GCUGGCGCCACCAAGCCAAUGGCUCUCCUCGAUAGCGCAGACACUUGCAUCUCUGCUCUGACUUCUGAGACAAGGGCUAGAGUUCUCGUUUCUUUUUUCUCUCAACGGUUGGUGCACCCACUCGCCAAGGUAAGGUAACUAUUUCGUACAGUGGUGCAAAGCCUAUUAGCAUUCAAGAUCACAUUACUUUCUUCCCUUGGAUGGUUCGAUGCAAUUUUAUUCCUCUUUUGCAUGCACAUACUUAUGGAGUACGGCAUGGGGGUUACAGAGCAUACUUGCCACGGAGCACAAUGCAAGCCCUUUGAAAGCCUUUUUGCCCUUUGCAGUCCGCACUCUGCCCGUAGGUUUUCGUCGGUUUGUUUCUCCAAAACCAGAAUCCAGGAGUCCAGGCUUCAGCGAUAUUGCGCAUCCGCCAGAUCUGCGCCCCAGCGGCUUUGAACAAGGCUCCCCUUGCUCCAUCCGACGACUGACGGGUCCGGCAACGGCACGCGAGCACGUCCAAGUAGCCAAGCGCCAUUGGGCCGCCCCCCGGUUCGCCUCCCCUGCCGUCAUUGACUCUAGCUGCAUGAUUACACGGAAGGGAUGUUGCUUGCAAGUCACUUUCCGGGCGCCUCUUCCAGGUGGCUGUAACCAUAUGCACACACUCACUGCCUGCAAGUGGGACUCCCGCCAGGCCAGGACUCUGUCUCUCAACAGUCGCAGCGCAGGCUCCAUUUUUUCGCCGCCCGAUCGCUAGCUGCCCAUCGAACCGUUUCCAGCUACUUCCGUGCCGAGACCUACACUACUUGCAGUCACACUAGCCUAUCUCUAAACCGGCCAGCGCCUCCCUGGUGAAGCAUCCUAGUGAGCACGCCACGUGAGGGCGAAUGCGUUGUUGUCCUCCGAGGAAGCCUGCUACCUCCACCGACCCUUCACUUAUAAGGUCCGACUCCCGCCGGCACCCUGCCCUUC